AAUUUAGGUAAAAAUAUUGCUAAUCAGUACACGCAAAAAGUUUGUCUUUGUUGUGUUCGAGGUUUUGCCCAUGUAAAUCAGCGACUGGCAUCAAAGUUCCAUCAUUCACACUCAAAGAAGGUUUUCAUCACUGCGACUACGAAAAAAAAUCGAAAAUGGCAGGAAGACUUAGCCAUGUGGCAUCACGAAUCAUGGGCGGGAGCGGUAUCGCUGCCCGCUCUGUCGCCACCUCUCUCCGCCAACGCUCCGGCAUGGGCCUACCCGUCGGCAAACACAUCGUUCCCGACAAACCCCUUCCUGUGAAUGAUGAGCUUGUUUGGGAUAAUGGGACUGCAUUUCCAGAGCCUUGUAUAGAUCGUAUUGCUGAUACUGUUGGGAAGUAUGAAGCAUUGGCUUGGUUGUGUGGAGGGUUGGGAUUUUUUGCAUCACUUGGGCUCUUAGCUGUGUGGAAUGACAAGGCAUCCAAAAUCCCAUUUGUACUUAAUUUAUGAGCAUGGCCCAGUAAUACUCCAAAUUUAGAGUUGGCACAUGAACAUUGCUAGCUAUAUGACAACUUUAAUAUACGAGAAGUAGAAAGUAGUAGUUUUGUUUGUCAUGCAUUAGCAUGUGGCUUCUUGGUCCUAACUGAGAUUGUAUAUAUAUCCUCCAAUUUUCCUGGCCAAGAUUAUAGAUUAUGAUUUUAAGAAAAGAAAUCAUGUGAAUUCUAACUUCUCACGUUCUAAUUUUAACCAUACUUCAAAUCCAAUUUAUGGAAGAAUAUUCUCGAUCUUAGUUAAUUUGUGAUUCUCUGUUUGGUUUAUUGGCCCAUUUCCUCGUACAGAGUUAAUGCCUUGGGUGUCAAUCUGCAUUUUGUUUGUUAUUCAAUAUUUUUCUUGACUUUAGCAAUUAUAAUAUGCUUGAUAUACUGUUUCUGUUUGAUGGCAUUGUUUGUUAAAGAAAGAAUCCAAUCACUUCAGCUGGCUUGAAAUGUAGAACAUAGCCAUAGCUGGGGUUUACUUGAAUCUGUAGUACUUUAUAUAUGUUAUUCUUUCCCCAAACACACUUUCUAUCACACAAUUCAUGGGACCCGCAACUUUUAUAACUUUUCAGCCCCACAUUUCAACAAUAAUAAUUAUUAUAUAUUUUUUCCCCCAAAAUCAACUAAAAAUCUUAUUUUUUAGCAAAACCAAACAGGUGAUAAAUUUUACAUGAGCGAUAUUAGAUUAAUUAUGCUUUAUGAUACUCAGUUUUUUGCCUUUUAAGGGAAAAAAUUUCCAUAAGAUGAAAGCAAUAGAGAUAAAGAUGUUAAGAUAGGUGUGCGGCCAUACUAGAAUGGAUAAGAUAAAAAGGAAAUGAGGAUAGCUGACAACCAAUGGACGUAUCACCAAUUUGCAGUAAGCUAAUGGAAGAACAACUUAGGAGGUUGGGGCAUGUACUGCAUAGACCUGAAGAAAUUCAUAUUCACAAACGUGUUGUUAUCCAAGCACAUCAAGUUAGAAGAAAGAAAGACUAAAAUCAACAUUGCUUGAUGUGGUUGUGAAGGAGCAUUGGAUGUUCCAUUAGAUGUCAUGAUAUAUCAAGCAUAGUGACGAAAAAAAUCCAUUUAGUUGACCUGUAAAAAAAA